ACGGGCGAGCAGGCGACGGGCAGCGGCAGGAUGGACCUAGAAGCCUCGCUGCUGCCCACCGGCCCUAAUGCCAGCAACACCUCGGACGGCCCCGAUAACCUCACCUUGGCGGGGUCACCUCCUCGCAGAGGGAGUGUCUCCUACAUCAACAUCAUCAUGCCUUCAGUGUUUGGCACCAUCUGCCUCCUGGGCAUCAUCGGGAACUCCACAGUCAUCUUCGCGGUGGUGAAGAAGUCCAAGCUGCACUGGUGCAGCAACGUGCCCGACAUCUUCAUCAUCAACCUCUCGGUGGUGGACCUCCUCUUUCUCCUGGGCAUGCCCUUCAUGAUCCACCAGCUCAUGGGCAAUGGAGUCUGGCACUUUGGAGAGACCAUGUGCACACUCAUCACGGCCAUGGACGCCAACAGUCAGUUCACCAGCACCUACAUCCUGACCGCCAUGGCCAUUGACCGCUACCUGGCCACCGUCCACCCUAUCUCCUCCACCAAGUUCCGGAAGCCUUCUGUGGCCACCCUGGUGAUCUGCCUCCUGUGGGCCCUCUCCUUCAUCAGCAUCACCCCCGUGUGGCUCUACGCUAGGCUUAUCCCCUUCCCAGGGGGCGCGGUGGGCUGUGGCAUCCGCCUGCCCAACCCAGACACUGACCUGUACUGGUUCACCCUGUACCAGUUCUUCCUGGCCUUCGCCCUGCCCUUUGUGGUCAUCACAGCUGCGUAUGUGAGGAUCCUGCAGCGCAUGAUGUCCUCCGUAGCUCCCGCCUCUCAGCGCAGCAUCCGGCUGCGGACAAAGAGGGUGACUCGUACAGCCAUCGCCAUCUGCCUGGUCUUCUUUGUGUGCUGGGCCCCCUACUAUGUGCUGCAGCUGACCCAGUUGUACAUCAGCCGCCCGACACUCACCUUUGUGUACCUGUACAACGCAGCCAUCAGCUUGGGCUAUGCCAACAGCUGCCUCAAUCCCUUUGUGUACAUCGUGCUCUGUGAGACAUUCCGCAAACGCUUGGUCCUGUCGGUGAAGCCUGCUGCCCAGGGGCGGCUUCGAGCCGUCAGCAAUGUCCAGACAGCUGAUGAGGAGAGGACAGAAAGCAAGGGCACCUGACGCUUCCCCUACAACCCUGGGCACCUCCAAGUCGGGACAGCACGGCGGACCAUGAUGGGGAGAGACGCUGAGAAGAACCCAAGACCCCUCUGGGAGAAUGCGGGGAGGCUGGGUGGUGAGGGGUUGUUGCAACUAAAAACAUUCCACGGGGUCCACAAAUUGCCG